CGAAUCGAGAACAUUCAUUUCUUCAUCUCUGUCUCUCUCUACACUCAUUUGCUUAUUCCAUCCUCCUACUUCUCUGUUCUCUCUAUUUUUCUGGAAAUUUCCAAUGCUAGAUCUGUGGGGUGACUUAUGAGAUGCUGAAAUUCCAUUGAUCAAUACAUUUUGAUAGAUUUCAGAUGAUACUCUACAAUUGAUAAUACGUCUCCUACUUCCCUCUACUUUUCUAAAAAUUUCAGUGCUUAAUCUUAGGAUUGAGAAGUGGAUAGUCCAUUUGAUCUUUACAUUUUUAGAGAUUUCGGAAAUGAGCUUGUUGAUUUCCUAUCAUGCAGAGUGACAUAUACUAUAAUUUGUGCAUAUAUACUUUAGCACUUAUCUCUCGAUCUAGAUAAACAUUUUUUUUUUCAUUCUUUUUUUUUCAUAUCUGGAUUUAUUGAUAUUCGAAUGUUUUAUAUUUACAUUUAGUACAGUAGUAUAUUUCCAGAUCUGUAAAUUUUAUUUUAUUCUGUAGAGUAACAAAAUGGCGAUAGAUCAAGUUGAAAUCCUAGAUCUUGAUCAUGCAUGAGGGUAGUUGGUUUUUUGAUGCAUUUCUCUUAUAGAUCCAGUGGUGCUCUGUCUCUCUCUAUAAACAGUCAAAGGCACCAUCAACACACCGGUGGUGCUCUGUCUCUCUCUAUAAACUUCUUAUCCCCUUUGUUUUCCGAUAUCCCUCAUACCUCCACAUCUUCACGAAUCGGUUGUUUCAAAGCAAUAUUGCCGCAGGUGUUGCCGGCAUAUGUACUGAGAAGAGCUCUUCGUCAAUUUACCAAAAGCGGUAGUCUACAACCAUUUUUUAUGGUGUUUUGCAGCCGGCUCUUUUGGAUAUGGAAGCUUCAACCGGCUCUUUUGGAUAUGGAAGCUUCGGCAGCCACACCUCACGUAAAGAAUAUGGGUCUUGUUCCUCCCUUAUCGAAGCUCCAUGUUCUCUACACCAUUGCUAUUCAGUUGUAGAGAGUAUUCCCCUUUCGUUCUAACUUGGUAGUGUUUGAAUUGAAGAGAAUGUGAUGUAUAUAUAUAGAUGUUUAGAUAUGAUUGCUGAUCUUUGGUUAGUGAAUGAAAGGGCAGAUAACCGUGUGUUCUUGUAAUUAUGAAGUAUACGAAGAGGCAACUGGGUAUAUUCAAAUAAUUAACCUUUCAAAUUGUUAAUA